AUGUUCCGCAAAAUUGAUGUCAACAUUAUUGAUGGCAAAGCUUUUGACAAAUGCACGAACUUAAAAUCUUUAGAAUUAAUUGAUGUUCGUAUUGGUAACGAAAUAACGCUAGCUUUCGAUAAUUUAGCAAAUCUUACCAACAUGAUUUUAAACUAUAAUAAAGUCUUAGAUGGUAGAGGUGACAUUCAGGAUUUCUUUGACAAUCACCUUCCAAUGCUAAAGGAAAUGUCCAUUAGCCAUAACAUCAUUAAGGAGUUGAAAAACAAUGCAUUCUUUCCAUUUGCCAGUUUAGAAAUAUUAGAACUACAGUGUAAUGAAAUAGCAACAAUUGAAGCCGGAGCAUUUAAUGGACUGGAUAAUUUAAGGCAUUUAAAUUUAGAAUGGAAUAAGAUCGCGAUUAUGGAAAUUAGCGUCUUGGACGUACUUCCAAAUUUGAUUACUUUAUGCUGUGAACUUAUUAGUACAUUUCUGUUUACUGUUGCUAAUCGAAAUUUGUUACCGGAGAAUUUAAAACCAUUGAUUGCCAAUAUACAUUACCAGCCUACCACCAGAAACUUAGAUCAUAAUCGUAUCAAUAAUAUCUUAAAAGAUGAUUUAAAGUAUCUAGCCGGAUUAAUUAAAAUCAACCUAGCAGAAAAUGAAAUUAAAGAAAUUAGCCAAGAAAGUUUUCAGAAUCUUGUCGAUGUAGUAGACAUUUGUUUAAAUGAAAACUCAAUCAGUCGUUUAGAUCAAAACAUGUUUCAUGAUUUGCCGGAAUUAAAAUACCUGGAUUUAAGUUUCAAUAAAAUCGGUACUGAUUUCAUAUCUAGCAGUGUCUUUCAGAAUUUAACUUCCAUUGAAAUUUUGUAA